AUGCGCCCCUUGAUACACCACUCAAGCCGUUUGGCUUUCCAAAUUUCCAGGAGAUCAUGGAACAAGGGAUUUUCCAUAGUUCAUUGUUGCGCAGUCCGAUUCUACGCUGUACCGACUGGCUAUGUCGAUGAAACAUUCGCGCUCCCUAUCGGCCACAAUGGAGAGGUGGAAUUAAGAGUCACGCGACCGGUCGCGUCAUAUUCACACGCCACGAGUGCAUCUUCAGGGCCAAAUGUGAUUCUUUACCUGCCACCGGGACCCUUAUUCCAAGGGUUCGACGCGAGUUCUGCUCAAGAUGAUGCGGCGUCUUUUGAAUCACACAAAAAAGCGGAUUCGUUCGAUGUAGACUCAAAAGAGUCCUCACCACAACAUCUCCUAGCCUCCGCGGCCUCCGCAACGGUAGUCACAAUAAACUACCGCCUCGGCAGACCAAAGGGCAAAAAUGCCCUGCCUGAAAAGACCUUCUCAGAGCAAGUGCAACCUCCAACCCCCGAAGAUUCAGAUUCUACCCCCAACGUCCAAGGAGACUUUUAUAAAUACCCAACGCCAGUCCACGACGCACUCGCCGGGUUCGACUGGAUCCAAAACAAUCUCAAUCCAGCACAUCUCACAGUCUUCGGCUCUCAUAUCGGCGGCUCCUUAGCCCUCAUGCUAGCCCUCACAGAAGCGCAAUCCGUCGAAGCAGUCGCAGCAUACGAGCCCAUAAGCACAGAGCGCCACCAUACUACGAAGAAAGCACCCAAAAAGAAAAUAUCAGGUUCUGCUGCACCUGCAGAUUUGGUCCCACUUAUUCAAGCCCGUGAAAGGUUCUUCUCUUCACCGGAGCGAUGCUUCGAUGCAUUCGCAUCUCCGAUUCUCUUCCUUCGCUCUGCGGGUCGAGACACGCCGCGUUCAUUUCCCCGGUAUCUAAUUGGUCCAGAGUAUCCCGUGCCAACGCUGAAGCAGUCUCGCAAAUUCACUUCUGCCGAGCAGCUCGAUGUCUUAGAUGGGUCCGUCUGGGAUCGAGAUGUCUAUCCGGAUGUCGACGCGGAGGAUCCGUGUAAUCCUUCUGCUCCGGUCGUACGCCGUCGGAAGGCGGUAUCGCGCUGGCCGCCGUAUGGAUUGGAUUAUGGGAUUAGUAAGAAGACUUGGGCCGGGUCUGAGCAUGGGAUUGGGAGGUUGCAAGUUACAUUGCCUUGGGUGAGGGUGUUUCUACGGGGUGGGCUUGGUGAGUCGAUUGAACAGGAGUUGAAAGGCCAUACCAUUCUUGCGAAGCAAGGUGAGGAGAUGGUAUCUCUUAUGCGAAGAGCGUGUUUUUGGGGUCGGGAAAAGGGGUUUGGAGAGAAGAAGGUGACUUUAGCGCGGGUUGCUGGUAGUCUGGAGAGAGAGGCUGGGGCUUGGUUCAAGAGCGUUUUUGAUGGGUCAAUAGAGGAGGAUUAG